UCCGUGAUGAUGAAGAGAAUCUGUUCUUUUCUCUAGUAAAAACUCUGCGUUACGGGACAGAAGUGAUUGGCACAUCUGGGUGAUGGCGUUGGAUAUGCACACUAGUGUGCCGUGAGAGAUCGUCCUCUGUGCUGCGCUCUCAGCAGACGUCAAGCUGGCGACCGUAGCAGGAAAGAAGGGCAAGGAGGAGGAGGAGCAGCCUGCAGCACCUCCUGUAGCAGCAGCAGCAGCGGCACCAUCAGCACCAGCAUCUCCUGCAGCUGCAGCAGCAGCAGCAGCUGAGGAAGAGGACGAGGAGGAGUGUAUGGUGGAGAAGGUUUUGGACCGCAGAGUGGUGAAGGGAAGAGUAGAGUUUCUGCUGAAAUGGAAGGGGUUCUCAGAUGAGGAUAACACAUGGGAGCCGCAAAACAACCGGGACUGCCCCAACCUUAUCGCAGAGUACAUGCAGAAACACAAGGAGAAGGAUGAGAAAAAGGAGGGCAAGAGGAAAGUUGUGAGUGAGGCCUCGGGAGACUCAGAGGAGCGAGGGAGCAAGAGGAAGGAGGAGGAGGCGCCCUCAGCAGACGUCAAGCUGGCGACCGUAGCAGGAAAGAAGGGCAAGAAGGUGGAGGAGGAGGAGCAGCCUGCAGCACCUCCUGCAGCUGCAGAAGCCGCCACAGCAGCAGCUAAGGAAGAGGAGGAGGAGGAGGAGGAGUGUGUGGUGGAGAAGGUUUUGGACCGCAGAGUGGUGAAGGGAAGAGUAGAAUUUCUGCUGAAAUGGAAGGGUUUUUUAGAUGAGGAUAACACAUGGGAGCCGGAAGACAACCGGGACUGCCCCGACCUUAUCGCAGAGUACAUGCAGAAACACAAGGAGAAGGAGGAGAAAAAGGAGGGCAAGAGGAAAGUUGUCAUUGAGGCCUCGGGAGACUCAGAGGAGCGAGGGAGCAAGAGGAAGGAGGAGAAACGGAGAGGAGGAGAGGGACCCAAACGUCACCACUGUCAACACUGUGGUGACGUUCUUUCAUUUUAA